GACCCAUGCCCGGCCGUCCGUUUGCACUUCCUCUCAGUCCUGCACCAGGGUCUCCUACGCCUGCAGUUGCCUCUGGAGUAUAUUGCCAUGUUUGUGCACGCGGCCGACGUGCAAGACAAUUCCUUCCGGCAUCGAGCAAAGCAGUACCUUGUGGCAAAUGUUAAACGACGCAGGGAAUUUCUCAGCAAACACACCUCUUUCACAAACAACCCAAAACUGUUGUUUGCCAUCUUGCCGGACUUUGUGCUGGCUUAUGCUAUUCACCUUCUUGCACACGAUCCCGAUUGGUCAAGCAUCGAUGAUACCGCUCGGCUGUUGUCCAUCAAAAGUGCCGUUUGGUUCGUUCUGGAACCAAUCAUGUCGGGUGCCAACAAUUACAGUUUCCUCCGCCGUCUCUUAGAAUUAAUCAAACAUUCGAGAGAUGCCCUGUGUCCCGAAGAUGAUCUUGCCUGUGCGUUACUGCAGGAAAAAGAUGAGAUUGCUCCCAAGUUUCAUGCCAACCGCUCCAGCUACAAACGCAGUUGCGUGAGGGCGCUAUACUGGUGUGUAAAGACGCAUUGUAGUGAACCAAAAGGCAAGGUUGCCAACUACAUGGGUGAACUCAACGGAAUCGACAAUGGUGGUGUAAUCAAACCAUUUAAAGAUUCGGGUAGGGAUGGACAAGCAAUAAUCGCACCAAUUACGGCUCCCGACGAUGAAAACCAGUACUAA